CUUACACGCACACCUCUGCAAACCCAAACCCCCUUUCCUUUGUGCGACAUUCGCCACCUCCUCCUCUCUCUUUCUCAACAUCUUCUCUCUCAUCUCUCUCCCAUGUCGCCCUAGAAAUGUCGGCAUCAUCUCCAAAAAGCGUUACGUUUCGAAUCUAUCCAGUUUUGCCUCUUUAGCUUUCAGCACCUUUUUUUUUUCUGAUACAGAGGUUUUAGAUAAAGAAAGUAGAGACACAGAGAGUGAGAGGAGCACGAAGAAGGUGGCUUCGAUCUUAAGGGAUCGUUUUUCGAAUCUACAUUAAGGAGGAAGUGUGUGUGUGUGAGUGAGAGAAGAGUAAGGUUCAUGGGGUUUUGUUGGAUGUUUCAUUGAGGAAAGGGUCAAUAAUUCGAAGCUAAAGAGACAGAAGGGAAUUGCACUAGGCAUAAAUGGAUUUUUCGUUGACGUUUUGCUGCUUUAAGGGUUUGGAUCGGUAUACUUAUUUGUUACUUCGAUUGAUCAGAGCUAACAUUGAAUUUGUUCUGUUUUUAAUUCAAGUGAAAACCUAUUGUGAUAUGGGCAGAGCAAUAUGCUUUGCCCUUUGUUUGGCAGCCGAGAAAGUUGUUCUUUUCUCCUUCCCUAGUGGUCUUAAGUUUUAAGCUUCUGACUGUCUAGAGCUUAAUUGAGUUGCUUGUUCCAUUUUUCGUUGACUGAAACAGUAAAAAUUGAAGAUGGAGGAUUUCAGUUUUCUGCUAAUUUUUAUUGUUUAAUUGUAUAGGAAAGGAGAAAGGAAGAAGCAGUCGAAAUGGAGGAUUUUCUCUUUGAAGGAGUUGCACUCGGCUACGAACAAUUUUAAUUACGACAACAAGCUUGGAGAAGGUGGAUUUGGCAGUGUUUACUGGGGUCAGCUAUGGGAUGGAUCUCAAAUAGCAGUAAAAAGGUUAAAGGUUUGGAGCAAUAAAGCAGAGAUGGAAUUUGCUAUUGAGGUUGAGAUACUUGCCAGAGUACGACACAAGAAUUUGCUAAGUUUACGAGGCUAUUGUGCUGAAGGGCAAGAGCGUCUGAUUGUAUAUGACUACAUGCCUAAUCUGAGCCUGCUCUCUCACCUUCAUGGGCAGCACUCGUCUGAAUGCCUUCUUGAUUGGGACCGGCGGAUGAAUAUUGCGAUUGGGUCUGCCGAGGGUGUCGCUUAUCUUCACCACCAUGCGACCCCACACAUAAUUCACAGAGACAUUAAAGCGAGCAAUGUGUUACUGGAUUCAGAUUUCCAAGCUCAAGUUGCUGAUUUUGGAUUUGCAAAACUCAUACCCGAUGGUGCAACGCAUGUAACCACCAAAGUCAAGGGUACUCUUGGCUACCUUGCGCCAGAAUACGCAAUGCUAGGGAAGGCAUCAGAGAGCUGUGAUGUCUACAGCUUUGGCAUUCUUCUACUUGAGCUUGCUAGUGGCAAGAAACCCAUUGAGAAGAUCAGUGCAACACUGAAACGCAAAAUCACAGAUUGGGCUCUGCCUUUGGCAUCUGAGAGGAAGUACAGUGACCUGGCUGACCCAAGGCUAAAUGGGAAGUAUGUGGAAGAAGAGUUGAAAAGAAUUGUCAUUAUUGCACUUGUCUGCGCUGAUAGUCGACCAGAGAAGAGACCCAGCAUGCUUGAGGUGGUUGAGCUACUGAAAGGAGACUUGAAAGAGAAGUUUUCUGCUCUGGAAAAUGAUGAAUUGUUCAAGGGUUCUCAAAUUGUACAAUAUGAUGAUGGGUUAUCGGUUGCAGAAGAUAGCUCAGAUAUUAUUUCUGAGGAAAAAGGACCAAAACAAGAAAUUGAAAAAUUUGAAGUCUAGCUGUAAUUUCUAAAUGGUAGCUAAAUUGUUCGGCAGUGAAGGGUGAUGGAAUAUAAUUUCAGGUGGAGAGUUUUUGAUCAAUUGGCAAAGUUGUAAUGUUCAAAGGAAUGGCCGGGUAAUAGUUGCCUAUCGAAUUGAAAGGAUUGUUUGUUUGUUAUAAGAUUUGUGAGUGGCUUUCUGAGUUUUUUUUUUAGGCCCUUGUCAAAAACAUAACAUUAAAAGCUGAUUUUAGUGUAUUGGAUGGUUUCUGAAUUUCUUGAUUUAGCUAGUGCAUCGGUCACAAAAGAGCUGUUUGAUGAUGUAUUUAC